UGCUGUACGCUAAUUUUCCUCUUGCUUUGUUGGUUCAAGUGAUCAUCAUCAUCAAUCAAGAACAUAAAUAGUUGAAAAACAAAAGCGAAGCUAACCUGCAAUUAUCUUCAAUCACGCCCACACCGUUUUGUGACUUUCUUCGAAAAGGACAAAUGGCAAAAAGUUCCUUCAAGCAAGAACAUGUCCUUGAAAAGAGACGUGCCGAGGCUGCCAGGAUUAGGGAGAAAUACCCAGAUAGGAUCCCGGUGAUUGUGGAGAAGGCGGAGAGAAGUGAUAUUCCCAACAUCGAUAAGAAAAAGUACCUUGUCCCAGCUGACUUAACAGUAGGACAAUUUGUGUAUGUGAUUCGUAAAAGGAUCAAAUUGAGUGCGGAGAAGGCAAUUUUCAUAUUUGUGGACAAUGUCUUGCCACCAACAGGGGGAAUUAUGUCUGCCAUAUAUGAUGAGAAGAAGGAUGAAGACGGUUUCCUAUAUGUCACUUACAGUGGAGAGAACACAUUUGGGGAUCAAAUUUUACUGUAGCCUUUGGUUACUCAGGCAGUUUCAUUGUUUUUUUUCACAAUUUCACCGUCUUUCUUUACCACCAUCUUCUCCAUUGCUUGAUAUUUCAUAGUAUCCCGGUUUUUAUAGAGACCAUGUACAAUUGGGGUAUAGUUUAUAAAAACAUAUCUAAUGUUCAAAAGAAUCCCGUGUCACCUUUUAAUAAAUAUAUUUGGAUUCGACGUUGUUUUCAUAAUUUUGUUGUCAUUUUAAUCAUAAUGAGAAGCAAUCCAGUAAUGAAUUAUCCUACCAA